AAGAUGAAGAGAAACGCACGAGUGUUCUGUUACUUUGGAUUAUGGAUAUUCUUGGCGUUGACAACAUUGGUGCUGAAUAUUUUGAACAUUAACUGGGGCACAACUAACAUCGUACAAGGCGUGUUCAUCAUCGUGGUUUUAGGAAUCAUCCAAGGCAGCGUGAUGGAAUUCCCUGUUCAAACAUUCACCACUUUGGUCAUGGGAGGAAAUAUUCGCAAGGACAAAAAAGCAUGCGCGGACAACCUUACUAUAAUCUUAAACUACAACCUUUUGGCCACAGGUAGGGAUGACAUCGAUGAGUGCAUGGAGACUAUGUACAACGCGUACAUGGAGAAUCUGUCCAUGGAUGUCAGCGCAGUUCUCGUCAGUGCGACAAACGAUAAAAACUUGAAGGAAUACGAACUGGAGGUUCGAGAUAAAUACAGGGCUCUGAUAUACGACGUUCUUUUUCAAGAAGGAGUUUCUUAUUCCGACAGGGACCUUCACAGGGUUGAUUCCUUGCGACUGGAACAUGUGUGGAGUCGGUACGAUGACAUGGAAGGGGUGGUGUUUGCCAGAGAGUACCUGGACGAGAUCUGCGAUGGGUUUGCCCGGGAAUUCAUGGUGAUCCACCGUGUUAGCCGUGUGGUCAGGAAAUGUGGUCAGUACCAGGAUCUGAUGUUACUCUCCAGCGGCGAUGACGAGGCCUAUAGUUACACAGACAAAGAGUAUUACGGUACAGCGGCCCGAACUUAUGGUGAACCCUUAUUCCACGACAGCGAGGACGUAGAAAACAUCUUCGGCAGAAAGUUCCACUACACUCUCGUCCUGGAUGCUGACACUGGUGUGCCGAAGAAGACAGUGUUUGAACUGCUGGAGAUCGCGGCCGCACAUCCUGAAAAGGGGAUCAUUCAACCCUCCAUUAAGCUCACCUGUGGCAAGGACGACACCAUGUUCAUGCAUCUAGAAUCCAUGCGACAAUCCAUAUACGAGCCUAUGACCAACGCCCUGACUGCUAUGCUCGGUCAGUCUGGGUAUUUUGGUAAAGCCAUGAUAAAAAAUAGUGUUUACAUAGAGAAUGUUAUUGGAACGCGUGAUUUUGUGAUAGAGAGAGUUCCAAUAAACGUCCUAAGUCACGAUACUUUUGAAGCCGCGCUACUGCGUCCGUAUUACGCCGGUACAGUUCACCUGUUGGAAGCGCCCAGCUACAAUUACGUAACCUGGAAUAUCCGUGAAAGACGCUGGAAUCGGGGGGAAAUCAUCCUGGCCACAUACUUUUGGAAAUACACCAUCGGGGUACCAAUGGCAUGGCUGCAGAAAAAGUUUCAGGGAGAUAAAUUUAACCCAACCAAAUUACGGACAGAGUCAGAACUGGACAUCGUGAGUUCUUAUAUUGCUCAUUCGGCCUUGAGACAAAUGGUUAUGAAGCCAUUACUCUUGUUAUUCAUUUUGCUACACAUCAGUGUUGAUUUGCACCACACUUACGCACCCGUCGUCAUGGUCAUGUUCUUGGUGCUGGUAUUCCCGAAGUUUGCCACGUGCAAUAAGAAAAACUACAAAUAUGUUGCCAUUGAAACGCUGGCUUCCAUCUUCCAGUUUACUCCCGAAGCGAUGGUAGGGUCUGUACGGAUAUGUAGAGCUCUCCAAGUAAACAUAUCUGCAAAAUGCAAGUGGAUCCCUCAAAGAGCUGUCGAAGAGGACUUCAAGAACUCAAAUCCUUUUGUGUCCAGUCUCAAACAUUUGUGGGGGUAUUCUGCGUUUGCUCUCGUGGCGGCCAUAAUAGUGAUGAUUUUCUCCAGUUCUGGACAACUGCUCUUAGUUAUGCUAACAACUGUGAUCGUACUUCCGUUUUACACUGGUUUCACCUCAUUAACUUUAGGAUUCAAGUCGUCCAGGAAUAUCCGCAUGUUUAGAGACAAUGUAGAAAUGAGUACAACAAGUUUACCAGCUAUAUCUUCUAGUUUGUCGUCUAUAGAACCCAGCCAAUUGUCCUUCCAAAAUGAAUUCCAGUUGUCCGUGAAAAAACUCAGCUCGACAUUUUUACGCAACGUGGGUUAA